AUGAAUGGAAGGAACAGGUUCCCCUUCACUCCCUCCCAGUGGCAAGAGCUUGAACACCAAGCCCUCAUCUACAAAUACAUGGCUUCAGGUAUCUCUAUCCCUCCUGACCUUCUCUUCACCAUCAAAAGGACCCACUUGGACUCUCCUCUCUCCUCAAGGCUCCUGCCUCACCAGUCUCAACACUUUGGGUGGAACUAUUUGCCAAUGGGGUUGGGGAGGAAAAUAGACCCUGAGCCAGGGAGAUGUAGGAGAACAGAUGGGAAGAAAUGGAGGUGCUCAAAGGAGGCGUAUCCAGAUUCAAAGUACUGCGAGAGGCACAUGCAUAGAGGGAAAAACCGUUCAAGAAAGCCUGUGGAAGUUUUGAAAACAACACCAACGACAGCAACAACAAACACAGAUGCCUCAACCCCCACAAUCUUAUCAAUCACCAAAAACAGUCCUGCACUCUCCCCAACCACACAUUCUCUCUCCGCGUCCUCUCAUGACACUUACCAUCAUCACCACCCUCAACAUUCCUCCCACUCCUUCCUCUAUCAUCAACCCUCGAGACCCUCUUCCGGUGUUGCUUUGUCAUUUCAAGACAACAGUGCCCCCUUGUUUCUCGACACUGUUUCUUGCUCUCAGAAUAACAACACUGACUGCAGGUAUGUGUAUGGACUGAAGGAGGAGGUGGAUGAACAUGCCUUCUUCACCGAACCUUCUGGAACAAUGAGAAGCUUCUCUGCUUCCUCAAUGGAAGAUUCAUGGCAACUCACGCCACUGACCAUAAGCUCAUCUUCCUCUUCAAAACAGAGGAGUUGCUCUGGUUUAUCCAACGACAACAACGAGUACUCCUACUUGCAACUUCAGAGCCUCAGUGGCAACAACUCAAAACAGCCACAGCAAGAUCAGGGUUGCUACAUAUCAGGCACUGGCAGUGAUAUCAAGUGUGAAAGCUUCAUGAAACUUGGGAAAGAAGAACCUCAGAAAACUGUUCAUCGCUUCUUCGAUGAAUGGCCCCCCAAGAGCAGAGGAUCGUGGCUAGAUUUGGAUGAUAAAUCAUCCACCACCCAGCUUUCAAUUUCCAUUCCCACUUCUUCUCAUGAUUUUGCAACUUUCAGUUCAACAACCCAACGAGGUAAUGAACAAUGA